ACCCGUUUCUUUUUUAACACCAUUAAUCUCUCUCAUUCCCAGACUCAAACCAGAAAACAACAAAAACAAACAUAGCUGGAGAUCGAGAACAAUCAUGGCUUCUGAGCAAGCGCGUAGAGAGACCACCACCAGCGAGAGAGAAAUUCCGGUAGAGAAAGACGGGGUCCCGAAGAUGACGAGCCACUUCGAGUCUUUGGCGGAGCAAGCCAGUACCAGAGAAAGUGCUCCUCAAGAGGGUGGUGAAGAUAGAGAGGAAAGCCAGUUUGAGUCUCUCGCUUAUAAAGUAAAGAAUGAGAAAGAGGGAGAGGAGGAGGAAGAGGAGAAGUGUGGUGAAGACAAAGAGGGUGAAGCUAGGGAAGGAAGGGAAAAGAGGUCUUAUGCUGUGGGAAAGUUUGAAGUUAAUGGUGCAGGUGAUCAGGCCAAAUGCAGGGAAGCGGGAGGAGAAGCCACGGAGGUGGGAAGGAAAGAAGAGAUUCCUCAGAAAGGAGGAGAACGCAAAGAGGAUGAGGAAAAGGAACAACCACCAUCUCUAGAAGAGAUAUCCAAGCUGAGAGCAAUGGCGCAGCAAAAUUCUCAAGAGGCGCUAAGGGCUGCGGAGGAGCGCUACGAGAAGGCAAAAGAAUCUGUAAGCCAGAGAGUGAGCGCAGCAGCCGAGUAUGCCGCAGAGACGGGAGCCCAAGCAAAGGACACCGUCCUAGACAAAAGCCUUGCCGUGAAAGACACUGCAGCAGAGAAGGGCGCGCAGGCAAAGGAAACCGUUGCCAGCACAGCAAAGACGGCGGCGGAUUGCACGGCAUCAACAACAGAGAAAGCUAAAAACUUAGCGCUGCAAAAGGCGGCGCAAGCGAAAGACGUGGUUGUGCAUACAGGGGAGACCACCGUGCAUUAUGUUGAGGAUAAGGCGGUUGGCGCAAAAGAUGCGACUUUGGAAACUGCCGUUGGCUUGAAGGACAAGGCAUCGGUGGCGGGGUGGACGGCGGCGCAUUACUCGUGUGAGAAGGCCGUGGAGGGAACCAAAGUGGCGGCGAGUGCCGUUAAAGGAGCAGCGGAGUAUGCAGGUCAUAAGGCUGCUGAGAUUGCAACAAAGCCGUUGUCUGCUGUCAAGGAUGUUGCCGCGUCGACGGGAGAGAAUGCAAAGGAGUACACAGCUAGGAAGAAAGAAGAGGCACAGAGAGAAUUGGAAGCUAAGAGAUCAGCCGAAUGUCGGCAGGGAGAAGAUAAGGAAGGUGAAUCCCAGGUUCAAGAAACAGAGACACAAAAGAUGAUGGAGAAAGGGACAUCCGAGAAUGUAAUUCGAGAAAGCUUUGAGGGAGGCCAAGAGCAUGGAAAAGGAGGAGGAGAUGAUCAAGACAUUGGGGUGCUCGGGGCCAUCGGCGAAACCAUAGUUGAGAUUGCUCAGGAAACGAAAGAGCUUGUUAUUGGCGAAGAUGAGAGUUAUGAGAAGCAAGGGCAACACAAGCAUGAAGAGGGAAGUGAAAGUUUGAAAUAAAUAAAAUGAAUAAGUAAUGGGUUUGAUAGAUGUUUGAAAGUUGAUGCGUAGUGGUGGGAGGGGCAUGUGGUUAAUUAUAUAAAUAUAUAAUAUGCAUGUUUGUUGUGUAUUUUUGAGUGUGUUAAUAAAUUUGAGUCUCUUCGGUGAUUCAGAAACAUGAUAUAUAGUUUCUUUUCAAAUAAAAAUAAAUAUGGAUUAAUGCAUGA